UGAGGUACAGAAGCGUCGCAACGGCCUAUUGCACUCACAACUAUUUCCCCCUUGUGGUGUUGCCACGCAAUUACGUCUUCAUAACUUUGAAAAGUGCAAUACCACCAUGAAAAAAUGCUUUUUACAUUAAUAAAUGUUUUACAAAAAUUUUUACAAUUGACCAUACACUUGUAGGUGUCACACAGGCAUCAACAGCUCAUUCUUAUCAGUAAUUUGGACUUGAAAUCCUCCAUAGCUUCAUUUGAAAGAGGAUAGUCCCUGGAAACUGAAGCUGUUGUUUUAAAAUGUCUUCACACAGAUUUUUAAAAGAACAAACUGCCCUGCUGUGACUGGUGGCUGCUCAUAGCUAUAAAGCUAUAGCUUUAACCAAAGCUACCAGACCAAACAGCAGUUGCCUGGGAACAAUUACAACAAAUGACACAUUCACCCAAGUGAGUCCCAGCUGACAGACAGCCAUGAUGCAGCGUGGUGAUUUUUUACCUGUCAAACAGCAGCAGUCUGACCGCUUAUCUAUUUACAGCUCUUUGCAGUGACAUUUGGACGUGUGGCAAUGUUCUUAGGCUGAGGAAAGAGAUAGUCAAGCAUCUUCUGUCUUUCUCUUCCCUGCUGUUUUGAACUGGGUGUGAGGAGGCAUUAAUGCUGGUUCAUAAGUUUAAACUCACUGCAAGUCUUAUUCUGAUUUCUGUUGUCAUGUUAGCAGUGUUGUCAUGGAACAAAGCAAAUGAUACUGUUACUCACAUUUUAUCUAACAGGAAAGGUAAAGCUUGACUUUACAGUUACCGCUGCCUGGGUAACGUGAUCUCACAGACUGGUUCCACGGUCAACUCUGUCGCCACAGUGCAUUAGUGGAAAAGGUUAACUACAGACUCCAUCACUGUGUGUCCCGGCAGCAGCAUGGCCAAGAGAACGAAAGCCAAAAGAGAGACUAAAAGUAAGAAGAUGACCUUGAAAAUGGCCCAGAACUGCGUGGAGCUGACAUUGGAUGGGAAACACCGACUGGAUCUCAGUUUCAAGGGGGUUACAGCUGUUCCAAAGUGCGUCCAGAAGCUCUUUCACAUGGCUGAAGUGGACCUGAGCAGAAACAUGAUCAGAAAGUUUCCAGAUUUUAUUGCUCAGUUCAUUAAAAUGACUGUUUUGGAUUUGCACAGCAAUUGUCUGGAGGAGCUCCCCGUGGCUAUCAGCUACCUGCAGAACCUUAAGGUUUUAAACCUGUGCAACAACCGUCUCACAAGCCUCCCAAGCGAGCUCGGCCUCCUGAAUAAACUCCAAACACUGAACCUGGGUCUCAACCAGCUGGAAGCUCUUCCUGCCUCCAUUGGUGCACUGGAGGAGCUUCGCCACAUUGGCCUUUCUGAUAACAGAUUCACCCGCCUCCCCGGCUGCCUCUUGAAGCUGAAAAAACUGGAGAGUAUCAAGAUGGACAGGAAUCCAAUUAUUGCUGAGAAGAUACCCACUGAGAAACCAGGACCACAAAGGUUCGUGAUAUUCAUAUUUGCUGCCAUCUUCUUCCUGAUGGGACUCUUCAUUUCAUGUGGCUUCAACGACACAAUCUAUCCUCCCUUCCAUGUGGACGUAAAUUACACGAUUAAACACACAGAUCUGAAGAAAUGGUCUGGAAGAGACAGCUAUGUUUCAGUUCAGGGGAAAGAGGUAGGUUGCACACAAACAGCCAAAAAUUACAACUGUUACUGUAAAAUUAACUGUAAGAAAGUCAGGUAAUCCCUCUUUAGUCUGGAUGUUGCGAUGUCCGUGUUUUUCAAAAAGAAUUUCACUUUUUGAUUUGUCUACUGAUGGAAGCGUUUCUGGAUCAUGUUCACUUAUGGUUUCUUCUUGGCAUGACUUGAAGCUUUUUUUCUGUAUUUGUUGAUGGCACAGUGAACUGUGAUCACAGAGAGUGAUGUAGGUGUGUGUUGAGUCCAUGCAGUCAUUUCAAGACAGAAUCAUCCCCAUUUUUAAUGCAGUGCCACUCGAGGGUCAUCUAUAGAUUUUUUAA